AUGUCGAAAGCAGCCAUUGAAGACCGCCAAGCAAACAGAGCCCGACCUCAGGAGAGUUUGGUGGGAGGAUUUGAAGAUACCGGACGAGAAGUGGUGAAGAAGACCUACAAGAGUGGGAAGGCUGCCGAGAAGCCCGAUUUCUUCAUGGGUGGAUGUGAUCCCACGGUACCCACAGGGCCCAAGCGAAAGCUUCGUACUAGUUGGAUGGCAGGUGCUCCCGCUCAAAAGGAAGAACCACCUCCCGUUCCGAAAUCCACCAAAAAAUGGAGUCCACCUGGCAAAAAGCUCCCGACCAAGGCAGCGACACAUGAUGGAACCACUGCCUCGACGACGACGACGACUGGCGCAGCAGCCAGAAAGGCAAGAAAGCCGUUCAAGCCAACUAUUAAGGAAGAAAAAGAAGAGGAAGAAGAGACCAAGACAGAAUCCACUCCCAAAGAAAGCGAGAAACCAAAGCCAGCCCCAAAAUCAGCUCCAGCAGCAGCCGAAGAGGAAAAGAAGUCGGAAGCGACUGAGCAACCACCACCAAAGGCUAAGAAACCAGGAAAAGUUAGAAUUCCCACAACAGCUCCUCGAUCUGUUACUCCUCCUCCUGGUGGUGCCAAACCUCGUUGGCAAAAGCCACCCCAAAAGAAAGAAGAGGAAGACACCACCACAAACAAGGGAGCAUUUCAAGCCAAACUGGGAUCCCCCGUCAAAGCUGCCAAAAAGAAGGUGACAAUCCCAGGCGUCCAAAAAGAAGAAGCGACUCCUGCUAAAUCACCAACAACACCUACCACCAAAAGGGCCUCGUGGAAACCAGUCCCAAAGGAAGAGCCUCCGCUCAAAUCACCGACGACGCCCACCAACAAACGGCCAUCAUGGAAACCAGCAGCAGCAGUCAACAACAACGUCGAUUCCAAUGCUCCUGCUGAUUCCAAUGGCAACUGUGCAGCCUGUGCCCAAAAAGAUGAGUUGAUCCAAAAGCAAGCAGAAGAAAUCGAAAAGCUCAAAUCCGAAAAGGGACAACUGGCAAAAGAGGUCAAAAAGAUCAAGGGGUCUCAGAAAAUGAACAAAGAACUCAAGGAUGAAAUCUUUGAACUCAAACAGCAAGUCUCCAAACAAGGUCAGCAAGAUCAGAAUAGCAAAGGCUUUCACAAGUUGGAGAACAAGCUCAACACGCUCAAAAUGAUCAUGGACAAAAAUAUUGACACUAGCAACUUGGAGGAACUCAAGGAUCACCUGCAAAUGCUGGAAAUGAUCCUGAACCAAGAUCUGAAAAAGCAAGGAAUGAGGAAUAUUUGGGCGUAG